AAAUGAAAAAAAAAUCAAUAUCAGUUUACUUUCCAAGCGAUUUAUAGUUUUUCUUCAUUAGCUUUAAAGAUGACAAUAUCCUAUACUUAUGACGUCGCGACGGAAUCUUAUUUCGGGUUUUUCAAAGUGUUAUUUCGAUGGAAGGGUUCCGUGUGGAAAUUGAUUCACAGGGAAUUGUUUAUGUGGCUCGUUCUAUACUAUACCGUUUUGGCAAUUUAUCGAACUCUGGAUGAGGAGAGGAAAAAGAUUUUCAGGAGCAAUAUUGAACAUUUUAUCAACUUUGAACCUUCCAUUCUAACGUUUAUGUUGUCUUUCUUCGUCACCACAAUUGUGCAGCGUUGGAACAAUGUCUUCACGAAUAUGGGGUUUAUUGAGAACGCAGCUUAUGCCGUUUCUUCUUUCAUGAAGAAUGGUGAAGAUGUUAGAAGGGCUCAGAGAACUGUUAUUCGGUAUUUGGUUGCAUCUCAAAUCCUCGUCAUGCGAUCGAUUUCCAUCAAAGCACUCAGACGUUUCCCAAAUUAUGAAUCGAUUGUUACUGCUGGAUUCCUAACAAAAGAAGAAUCUACGAUAAUUCAAAAUACGGAUUUAAGUUACGACUCUUCUUGUGUUCCAAUUCGAUGGGCGAUACAAGUUCUCCGACAUCAAUACAGAAGUGGAAACUUCUUCAGUCAUUCGGUAUAUCGGGCCACGUGGAAAGAAGUCAGUGAUUUUGAAACGCAUCUUUCUAGAGUGAGAAAAGUUGAUUGGGUUCCCAUUCCAUUGGCCUAUCCACAAGUGAUUUUCUUUGCUGUUCGACUUUACUUUGUUAUUUGUGCAUUUGCGAAGCAAUAUUUUGAUCUCGAUGAUGAUGAUGCGCGCUACGUCAUCCAUUACUAUUUUCCAAUCGUAACUGUAUUCCAAUUCAUUUGUCUGAUGGGAUGGUUGAAAGUUGCGGAAGCUCUUCUAAAUCCAUUAGGAGAGGAUGAUGACGAUUUUGAAGUCAACUUUCUGAUUGACAGUAACAUAUAUACUGGUAUGUUAAUAAUCGAAACAUCGAAACCGCCGCCUCUUAAACCUGACCUGUUCGAGGAUCGAAACUUUGGCCCAAUCUAUCCGAAUAAUAUCACUGAUCAAAGUGUCGGACAGGCUCUCUGCGGAUCUGUAGAAAAUAUAAAAUUAGCCGGUAAAGAUGCAAGUAUUGAAGUUAAGAAAAAUGGAGAAAACAAUCCACCAGCAUAAAAUAAAUCCCAGAGAACCCUGAAUCAAUGAACAAGACAAAUAAGUAAUCCUCUUUUAUUUUUAAUAAUUUUCUUUCAAAUCGUUUGUUUUACUAGAAAUGUUACCUCAUUUAUUACAUGUCCUAUUUCCAUUCUUCGUGUAUUAUUCAAAAUAUUGUUUUGUCUGUAAACCUGUUCUUAAUUAUUUUUGCCCAAUAAAACAGUCAUUUAAUUAAAAAUAAAU